GAAUGGUUGUGCCUUACCUCUCUAUAAAUUAAUAUUAUUAAGAUGUUUUACAGAAUCGGAAUCAUCCUUAUAAUCGCCGUUUUGAUGAGCAGUUUUUCUGUCGCUUCAGGAAAAGUCUGUAGCAGAUUUAGAACUGCGACUCUAGCAAAACCAGAUAAUUGGCAAAAUGGUGACUGUGUGCCUAGUAGAACUAUCCAUGUUACCAAAGCAAGAGGUUCGAUCCAAUGUUCAUCGAUGUGUCUAUGGCGUUUUCCGGAGUGUAACUCUAUCAGAUACUACAAGGUGUCAAAAUCCUGUGAAUUAUUGACGUGCAUGAUGCUACCUAAACGAGAAAACAAGAAUUGUAUGACAUAUGGAAUAAAUCUGUCCAUUGAUUGCAGUGAAAUAUUGAAGACUUCUCCGAGUUCUCAAAGUGGAGUAUAUGCAAUUACAAAUAACGACGGAACCAGGACUUGGCCUGUUUACUGCGACAUGGUCACCGACGGUGGAGGAUGGACAGUUUUUCAGAAACGUCAGUCUAGUUGGGCCGAUUUUAGUUAUUCGUGGUUAGAUUACAAGAAUGGUUUCGGAACUAUGUGCGAUUUCUGGCUAGGGAACGAACUAAUCCAUCAGAUAACGGCAUCUGGAGAGUACAGCCUUCGACUGGAUAUGACUACGACAAAUGGUGACGUUUACUUUGCAACAUACUCAUGGUUUGCCGUCAAUGGAGAGAGUGACAAGUACAGAUUGGAGCUUGGAGCUCUAAUAGACGACAAUGCUGGGGAUGUACUUUCACGUGCACGUGGUGGAGAUUUCUCAACCUACGAUAUAGACAAUGAUAAUCAUGUUAGGAAGCAUUGCGCUAUGGUUUCUUCUGGUGGUUGGUGGUAUUCAGCGUGCUUUAAAUGCUUGCUAAAUGGGUUGUUAGUAAACUUCAAGUGCGCAAUUAAUGAUGCGUCUCCCAUGCUGCAGUUGAGUCAUUCGGAGAUGAAGAUGAAGAGGAGGCUGUAAGUCGUUUUCUCUUUUGAGGAAACUUGUAAUAAAAACAAAUUGUAGAAUUUUCAAGUGAGUUUAACAGUUA